AUGCCUCCACCUUCGAAGAAACGCAAAUUCGCUAGAGAGCCCGCUCCCGAAGAGAUCACGUUCGAUUAUGCCGCGCGCGAAGAAUACCUGACAGGCUUUCACAAGCGCAAGCAGGCACGGAUAAAGCAUGCUCAAGAAGAAGCUGCCAAGAAGGAGAAAGAAGAGAAGCUGAAGUUUCGGAGAGAGUUGCGACAACAACGAAAAGAGCAACGCGAGGAGCAUGUUGAACAAGUCAAUGCCCAAUUGAGAGGUGCUAUUGGCGACGUUGACGAUGAUGCCGAUGGGAACGAUAGCGACGAAGAAUUUGCCGGAUUCGAAGACGUAGCGCCAGAACCGAUCAAUCGCGAAGACGAGUAUAUCGAUGAAGACAAGUAUACGACUGUCACAAUUGAAAGUGUGGGGAUCUCAAAGGACGGAUUCGAGAAGGUUGGGGACGACGAAUCCUCGGAUGAGCAGGAGGUUGUUCAGGUGAAUGAGAAGGAUACAGAAGCGAGUAGUGGUGGAAAGAAGAAGAAACCAUGGGCGAAAGAGAACCCAAAUGCGGAUAGGCCGAAGAAGAAAAAGAAGAAGUUUAGGUACGAGUCGAAGGCAGAAAGAAAAGUACGUAUAUGCACAGAAUCACUGGAUUUUCGACUGCCUCCCGAAAUGUUCGCGAAGCUUUUGUUGGCAAAGACAGUCUCCAAUAGCUCCGCCACUUCUCACGAAUUAUAUCUCAUGAAGAACGGCGAACACCACCAGCCAUUUCUACAUCCAAAAGUUCACAAGCUUACAAUUCAAACCCACAGGUAA